CAUCUGUUGAUUUUUUGUUGAUGGUCGUUGGUUGUUUGUUAACCGUCGUUUCGAUUUGUAGUUCGUUUUUCUGCCACUCUCUUCUGCCGGCGCUCUGAAUUAUCCGCAAAUAGAGACGCAGACGCCAGCUAUGUCCAAGAAUGUCAACUAAACCAUUUUGAACUGCUCUCUUAUCCAUCCGUCGGCGGCCCGUGCCCGCGAGUGUGGUUUUCAUUACUUAAAUAUUUCUUUUCUGCCAUAACAAUAAACGAUUUUAAAUUAUUUUUUCAAAUUUUUUUUAUGAUUGAAAAGAAUACACGAAAGUUUUAACUUACUUGAGAGGCAGUUGAGAGGGAUUUUGCAUUUUGGGCGUAAGAAAUUAUUUCGCGCCUCCCCUCUUGUUCUCAUACCUGAAAAUUGCCUUCCACCUGAGAGGAAAAGGUGGAAUCUGGAAUCAUAACAAAAACAAGACGCGGGCGCAGGGAGUUUAUAAGAAAAAUAAGACUUGAAAUUAUAUUAUUUGUUUUCCGAUGGUGUGAGACGGUUGAAUGUAAAGGAUUUUAAAUUCACUUUGAAGCUAUGUCGCUCUACUUCAACUACAAGGUAGACCUAUUUUCGAGCAACGCGAUCCACGUGAAUGCCUCGCUUCACUCUCAACACAAAAUUUUGGCGGUCGCCUCCCACAGCGAGGAAAAAGGAGGAACAGUCACACUUUGCAACGACGAGGGCGAACUGGUCAAAGGAGUCUCAUCGACGGCCCAAAUCGCCGCCCAGGCAGUGUCGCUGGCGUGGCACCCUGUGGAAAAAAUCCUGGCCGUCGGCUGGGAAAACGGAGGCCUCAGUCUGUGGCUCGAAGACCGACUGCAAUUUGUCGAAGUCAACUCGCCACACAAAGCGCCGGUCGGCAUUCUGCAGUGGAGCUCCAGAGGCUCCAGACUGGUUUCGGGCGACGCAGUCGGGACGGUUGUGGCCUGGCGAGCCGACUCGAAAGGAAUUCUGCAGCCCAGUUUUCAAACAGAUCUCAAAGAGCCGUUGACCUGCUGCGCCUUCCAAACGGAAAGUCCCAAAAUUGAUUUAAGCAAUUUGGCAAAGGCGGCAGUGGCGGGCGACGAACUGGCCCUCGACCUCUUCAGCUCUUGGAGACCAAAAACCGCCUCGAACAGAUUCGCCUCAAAAUCUGCGUCGGACGAAGGCGUGGGAUUUUUCAUUGGUUCCAUUUCAGGAGCAAUAUAUUAUUUCGACGACGACGGCGUCGUCAGCGAAGUUUGCAACGAGAAGUCGCCAAUCAAGAAAAUUCUGUACCACAGCACAAAAGGUCAACUGGUUGUCCUGACCGACGGCCUUGUUCUGUCCCACUACAGCGUCCAGUCGGACGGAAAACUCAUGGAAAUCACAAGGCUCAAGCUCAGCGGAAGGUCGCAGGACGCGAUUUUGGUUUGGUGCGGCCCGAACGCAAUUGCGGUGAGCACGAGGGAGUUGUCCGUGCGUUGUCUCAACCUGGACACCAACGACAACUAUUUGCUGACGCUGGAAAACCCUUCAGACCGAGAGCAUUUCAUUUGUCUGGACUAUAAUAUGAACAGGGGCAUCUUGAGCGGGGGCACCAAUCUUGGCCGCGUUGCGAUUUGGAAAUAUUCACCGUCGCCAGACGGAGAUGCGGAAUCUGCUUGGAAGCUACAAAUGCCAAACAAACUGACUGGCGGCGCCAUUCAGCACAUUUUGUGGGGCGUCGGUGGCUCCCUGUUGGUGGUGCACACUGUCAAGGAGAUUUUCUUACUUCGAGAGCAGCAGGUUUGCGCCGAGUUUUGCCCAGAUAUGAGCGCGGUGCAGGUGGCGCCGAACCAACUGACGGUUUGGCACCCCGAAGGCCCAAUGGAACUUUGCUGCGACACGCAAAUCAGGGGCAUCGCCCUGACCGGCCAGCAAGUGGCGAUUUGGGGCACGAAAAGGAUCACGGUCUACGAGUUGAGUCAGAAGCACUUCAAAGUGGUCGGCUCUUUUGCUUGCGAAUGCGUCGGGGCCAAAAUCUACGAACACAGUCUCUACUGCAUCGAAGGCAGCAACGUUCAGGUUCGAACGACCCAAGGCACUGUGAAGCAAAGCCUGGCUUUCGCAGCCGACGAAGGCGAACCGAUCGGAAUCGAACUUUGCGGCAGUUAUCUGACCGUGGCGACUCUUUUUGGUUGGGUCAAGGUUUGGGACUUGUCGCGGCGGGAGGCCAAGUUGCACACAAACCCCAAAUACUUGAACGACGUCAUUCACGAUUUCGGAGAAAUUAUUCUGGCCAGAUCGAACUGCGAGGGGAGCAAAGUUUCCAUCACCGUGGCGAGAUCAAACUUGUUACCGGACAGCAAAUUGUACCUCUGGUCCACAGACACGGACACGCUGACGUCUUUCGAUUUCUCAACGCAGGAGGCUGCACUUGCCGAUCGAUUUGCUUUGAGUCACGUUUGGGACAUUGAGGAGCCGAAACUUUUAGUUUGCGAGGCGAAACUUCAGCCGCGCUUAAAAGAUCAGAGGAAUAAGCGGAAAGUUGUGGCGACGACUUUGGCCAAUUCACCAGAAAAACCGGAAAUAAUGCUUGUUACGAUGUUUGCGACAACCGAAGGGCAGCUUCUGAUUCAAAACAGUGACAUUUUGUCUGACCCGUUCUGUCGGCUCAUUGGAGCUUUUGCUCCGAAUUACGUUUUACUGAAGAAACCUUCAGGAUUGGAAAAGGAGGGUGACGCGGGUCUGGUGGCCAAAGUCUUGAUGCAGGACUUUGACGGGCUCGGGAGCUGCGACAAGUCAACCAAAGAUGCAAUUUUAAAUUUCAGUUAUUAUCUGACCGUCGGCAACAUGGACGAGGCGUUCAAGGCUAUAAGAGCGAUAAAAAUUGCCACCGUUUGGGAGAGCAUGGCCAAAAUGUGCGUCAAGACGAAGAGAUUGGACGUGGCGUUGGUUUGCCUUGGACACAUGCAACACGCACGCGGCGCCAUGGAAUUGAAAAAGGCGAUGAGCACCGAACCAGAACUCGAUGCCCAAGUGGCCGUCCUGGCGUUGCAACUUCAUCUGAACGACGAAGCUGAAAAGCUUUUGAAAAAUUGCGGUCGCUUCGAUUUGCUGAACAAAUUUUACCAAAACACUGAGCAGUGGGACAAAGCAAUUCAAGUGGCCGAAACGCAGGACAGGAUCCACAUGCGGACCACUUAUUACAAUUACGCCAAGCAUUUGGAAUUUAUUGGUGAUCUCAAUAAUGCGAUUAAUAUGUACGAAAAGUCUGAAACGCACCGUUUUGAAGUUCCGCGAAUGUUGAUGGAGGACCAAAAUCUAGAGUUCUACAUGACGAAUAACAAGGACCCGCAUUUGAUGAAGUGGUGGGCUCAGUAUUUGGAGAGCAACGGCGACAUGGAGGGAGCUUUGGAGUAUUACGAAAAGGCCGGCGACUCUUUGUCUUUGGUUCGCGUGCACUGCUUUUGCGAAAGCUUCGACAAGGCCGUUCGAAUCGCGUCCGAGAGUGAAGACAAGGCGGCUUGUUAUCACUUGGCGAGACAGUUGGAAAACGCAAAUAAAGUGGAAAAGGCCAUCGAGUUCUUCUGCAAAGCGCAAGCUCACGGAAACGCGAUUCGAUUGUGCAAGGAUCAAGGAUUGAACGAGCAAAUCUGGAGCUUGGCUUUGAAAGCGAAUCCGCAAGACCAACUGGAAGCGGCGCAGUAUUUUGAGCAGCGACAAAUGCCAGAGCGGGCUGUGCGCCUUUACCACAAGGCUGGAAUGCUCCACAAAGCAGUAGAUUUAGCUUUCCAAAACCAGCAGUACAGCGCUUUGCAGAGCAUAAUAGUCGAUCUGGAUUCGAGCUCGGACCCAAAAUUAUUGGGGAAAUGCGCCAAAUUUUUCGUCGAUAACAAACAGUUCGAAAAGGCGGUCGACAUGCUGGCCAUCGCCAAACAGUAUGAUGCUGCGAUAGAAUUGUGCGUGCAAAACAACGUGCCGAUAACGGAAGAGCUGGCCGAACGCUUGACCAUGGAAAAGGCGGAAAACAACGAGAGGUCGCGGAUUCAGGUGCUGCUGGCCGUGGCCCAAAGUGCGCACAUCCAGGGAAACUACCACUUGGCGGCGAAAAAGUACACCCAAGCCGGCGACAAGGUGCGGGCGAUGAAAUCUUUGUUGAAAUCUGGAGACACUGAGAAAAUCAUCUACUACACGAAUGUGUCCAAGCAGAGGGAGAUUUACGUGAUGGCCGCGAAUUAUCUGCAGUCGUUAGAUUGGAGAAACAGCCCCGAUAUCAUGAAAAACAUCAUCGCGUUUUACUCCAAAGGAAAAGCUUUGGAUCUCCUUGCAGAAUUUUACGUCGCGUGCGCCCAAGUGGAGGUCGAUGAAUUUCGGGAUUACGAAAAGGCUCUUGGAGCGUACAUUGAGGCUAGUCGGUGCAUCGCAAGGGGAAUAGCUUCAAAUCGAGCGAGUGAGGGAAUAUCGGUCGACGACCAGAAGCGGCGCGGACACGAAUUGGCUCAGCGACUUGAUCUCAUCAAAAAAUACGUCGAGAUCAAAAGACUUUUCGAACGCGAGAGUGACUCCGCUGUGGCCUUGAGUCGGGAGCUGCUCAAAGUGCCCGAAGUUGAGGCGACCGUUCGCAAAGGGGACAUUUACGCUCUGAUGAUCAGCUACCAUUUGAAAAGCAAAAGUCUGCCCGCGGCGUCCAAAGUUUUGGAGGAAAUGAAAAGCGUUGGGAUUAACCCGACUUUCUACUUGGACGCCGAGAUGCUCAGGGCUUUGGGCGUGCCAGGGCAAAGCCAGAGUGAAGCAGCCGCAAAACAGGACGAUGACGAAAUUGAAGAACAUGUUGAGGAGGAUAAUAGUUUAGGUGCUGAUUUUUAAUGUAUUAUGACCAAAGAAAUUGGUUUUGAUUUAAUAUCAGGCCAGAAAUUAUUUAAAAAA